CAUUACCAACAAAAAACACGACAUAAAUCACAAUGUUUACAAAAAUUGUUUAAAUUUAAAUGAUAAGUCAAACCGUUUCUUUUUUAUGUUAUAAAAUCUCAAUAAUACAACUCGUUACUGAGUUAUUGUCACUAGUUUUGCUAAUAUAACCUAAAAAUGUCGUUUUGUGUUAAAAAAGUAAUUAAUUUUCCUCAAGGCGGAUUAGAAUCUAUAACUCAAGGUGACACUGUAUCAUUUGAUUGCAAAGAUUCUCAAUUACUAGGAGGAAUUUUCCAGGAUAAUCGUUAUGUGUGGCAGUCUAAAGGGCCUGUUUUAGAAGUAAGGAAUACUAAAACGGGUUCUAAAGUUAGUGCUUGGAUAUUUGGAGGAGUACUUAAAGAUUCUAGUACUAACAUAAUAUGUGUAGAAGAAAUACGUAGACCAAAUGGCAGAAUAUCUCUAUUGGCAGUAGGAAUUGACUGUACCAUUAGUGGUGGAAUAAUUUGUAUUUUUGAUAUAUUUAGUUCCAAAGUGCUAAGAGCAAUACAAAUAAAAGAAAAGAUUUCAUCUCUUCAUAUAAUUGAUCCUGGUAUAGAAGAUCUGAAUUUACCAGGUCCUUUAAGAAAUUUUGAUGGAAUCCUAGCUGCAGGGACAGAAGGAGGAGAUGUAUUACUCAUAGACAUAUGUAGGCAAAUAUGUGAAGAGUCUUUGCAUUCAUUAUCAAAAAGAGAUGAAUUAAAUCCAUCUCAAUUGUUCCUUCUGACUUCAAAACAUAUACCAAAAAUUGAACAUUAUAAAGAAAGGUCAGUUAGGGAUGGAGUUCAUCUUGCAAUACAUUUAAAUGCAGUUUUUAAUAGUGCAACUGAACAUUUUGUACUUAAAGGACCAAAGGGUGACGACAGAAUUCAUGUGAAUAGAGAGGAAGUGGCAACAAGUGCAUUGUACUACUGCUCCCAGUUAACAUCCCUACUAGUUGGCUAUAAUUUUGGAGCUUUCCAACUUUGGAAUUUAACAACACUUGAACUAGUUUAUACAUCUCCAGUCUGUGAUGAACAUCUUCCUAUUACUCAUUUUGCUCUACAAGAACCGACAGAUGAUCCCCGAGCUUUUUGUUAUAUUUGGGUUUCAUAUAGUAAUACUGUUUCACACCAGACUGGUUUAUCUUUUGCGGCAAUGUAUUCUUUAUGCUAUGAAUCGAAAGAGUAUCAAGAAGGUUAUGGAUAUUUAUAUCAAGAUUUCCAUUAUUGUUCCAUUCGAUUUCAAGUCGAACUAGGACAACUUGAAGCACACAGAAAUGGACUUCUACCUAAGGGAGGUUAUUGUCUAGGAUUUCAACCAAUUACGAAACUAUCUACAAAUAAAGAAUCGUUUAACCAUUCUUCAGUGGGAGACACUUUAGCACUAUGUUUGGUUUCUUGGGUUGUUUGGUAUUCAAAAUCUGAUACACAAACUUGCUGCAUAUUAUUUGAUCUCAAUCAAUGGUAUAAAGCUCAAAUGCCCAAUUUCACAAACUGGAAAGACUGUACAAACUAUUUACUAACUGUUGGUAUAAGUGAUUCGAUCUAUUUAAAUGGACAUAAAACUGCUACAAUUUCCAGCAUCUUAUUAGAAAAUAAAUCCUUAUCUCAGUUUAUAGGAGUACAAAGAUUGGAAGAACAUUUCUAUCCGACAUCUCUAAAUUUCAAUCUAUGGAUAUUAAGAGAGUCUGAUAUUAUAUUUAUGGUGAAUCAAGGUAUACAGAAAUCUUUACUUACUCAGUUGGAAUCAGUAGGACCUUUAUGCCUUGUAAGACCAAGUGAUGCCUGUAAACAGGCCCUUAAUGUUGGUUUAAUACCCCUAUUCAUUGAUAUACAUUCAAGUGGGAACUUAUCAACUGAAAUGCAAAGAGAAAUAAUCUUGAAUGUAGCAUUAGAACAUCAGCUUAUAGGAUGGUUAUGCAAAUGCGCUUCUGAAUGGGCAAAUGGCAGUUUCUCAUCAGCUGGGUGCUCUCUGGAUUUUAUUCUAACUUGGGCUUUUCAAAGAGCCAUCGUUUUGAGAACGAACUGUGAUAAAUACUGCACUUCCUUAUUUGACUAUUCUCAAUUGAGAUUGGAUACUAAUACCAGUAUUUUGUUGAAUAAUUGUACUAGGCAGAUCAGUGGUCUGUGUGUAUUAUAUAAACAUAUUGUUAAUAAAUUAUGCAGUUUUGUGGGAUGUUUGGAUGUUGUCAAAGAACAAUGGACAGCUUUGGAGAUGGUUUCAACUUAUUUCGAGGUUUUACAAUGGCUUGUAAAUGUUGGUCUACUACCAGAAUGUCAUCCUUCAACUUAUCCUCGUCCUGAUAACUCGGAACGCAUCAGCGCCCCAUAUCCAGUACAGGAAUUAAAAGAAUUUUACAAUGAAAAGCGCGCUGAAAUGCGAUUGUUGUGUAAAGAAUCGUUCGAAAAUGAUGAUAGUUUAUUAUUCAUUGAUAAUUUAAUUGAAAGAAAGUGCGGAGGAAGUAGAUUACAGAAAUUGUGGCAGGAAGAUGAUGGCGACGGAUUAUAUCCCCCUCCUUCCUUGCAGAGUUUGAUUAGAACAUAUCUGGUGGAUGGAGCUGGUAUCUGCCAUAGGCAUUCAUUGGUAAUUUAUUUAUUUUUGGAUUUGGCUAUGGCUCUAGAUCAAAGCAGAUACUCUUCUGUUGUCACCCAUCUAAUAAAGUUCCCUGCCGUUUUCAAAGUAUCUCCAAGUAUAAUAAAGAUCACUCAAGCUUUUUGGCAACUAGAUCAUGGAGAUUUUACAACAGCAAUGGAACAACUCCUAGACCCAUUCGUAUUGGGUGAAGAUCUUCAGUCGUGGCACCAUACCUUAGUAAUGAGAUCACUGUUGAUUCAUAAGCAUCCAAAUUUUGCAUUAUUAUAUAUGAAAAUCAGGAAACCUCCAAUCACAGAUGAAAAAGAUGUAUUAACAGCCAUAAGUUUGUUCAUUGCUAACAAUAUGAUCGAUGAAGCUUUCUACUUUAAAAAACAAUAUCAGAAUAAUGACGAAAAGAAGUUGUUGUCACAUUUAUUCCAUGAAUGUAGCAAAAGUGAUUCUCUGCAUUUAGUGCUUUAUAAAUGCUUGAAUACAGAUGAAGAAAAAGCAUUUUUCAAAUAUUUAAGAAGCGUCGAAAAUCCUACAUGUGAUGAUUUGCAAAUUUUCUAUUAUCUUUUGCGGUCAAGGUUCAUAGAAGCUUUUGAUACUCACUCUAAUAUUAGGAGAAAGUUUCCAGAAAGGCAAGGAUUAAUUGGACAAAGCAUGGCAACUAAAACAGAUCAGAUUGUCAAAAUAUUUCAAUCGCUUUUACCAGAUGUUAAUAGAAAGUUAGUUGAUUAUAUUAGAAAGGAAAGAACCAACAUAUGGAAAGAAGUGGAACGACCAACUCCAAUGUCCGUUUUUGUCCAUGACACAACUGAACAAGUAAAGUAUAAAUCAACAUUGAUUCACGCUGCUUUAACUAAAGCUAAACGAACUUUUAAUGAGUCUAUUAACCAAAGUCAGUAUACAGAUUUGGUUACGGAGGAAACGCCAUUUUUAAGAACCCCAACAAUCUGUAAAAAUGGAAAGAGGAUUUUCACUCCAGUUAUAACUCCAAAAAUAAUCGAUUCUAAAGAUAAAGAAGACGUCUAUACACCUCCGAGUAAACGAAUGAGGUUAAGUCCAAGGACAAGUACCACCAGUCCACCUUCUAAAUCGAAAAAAUCUGGUCAUGCACUCACCCUUACACCAAUUGUAAAAAGGAAGAUUUCCUUUCUUCAUGAUCAAUCAAUAACCGGAACCAAUGUAUGCACUCCGCAAAGUAUUCUAAAGGUCAGACAUCUAGUUCAACAAAGAGAUAGUAUCACAGAUGAAAUAUUCCCAGGAGAAGAGGCUGAAAAUCAAUAUCGUAAUAUCUCUUUACAGCGUACUAGUUUGGGUUUACAACCAAGAAGUUCUUUAUCUCGAACUUCUAAAAGACAGCAUGUCCAAUUCGAUGCAGCAACGAGAUUUUCGACAUCUGUCAGUGAUCAAAGCUCUAGGUUAUUAGACAAUACUCCUUUAGAAGAUAUACUACGUAAAUCUUCUAUAUCAUCUAAAGAUGUUAGCUCUAUAUUAUCCACAAGUGACAAUGAAGAACCCAGUGAUGAAGUUUUUUAUUCUCCCGAAAACUCUGCUAAUUUAACGGAUGAAAACAUAGAAGAAAAAAAAUCAGAAGAUAAAGUGAAUGAAAAACUUAAUGAUCAGCAUAUUGAGGAAAAGAACAAUAUUGAAAAAAAGAGUGAGGUAGUAAUAGAUGAAUGUACUGAAGUUAAAGAAAAGGAGAUUCCAGCUGAAGAAAAUAAAGUCACUAAAGUAGCAGUUGGUUCUCCUAGAGCGAGAAAAAGUUACAAAAGAUCACUUGGUGAAAUGUCACCUACGCGCUCUAGUCCAAGACUAUCAAAAUUAUCAAGUCAGAAUCAAUCAGUGUUAUCUGAUAUUUCCGAAAAACCAUCAACAACUAGUAGUUCAAUGUCGACUGAUUCUCUGUCUCCCAAACCAACAAGAAUAGUAUCAAAAGUGAAAGGAAGGAAAUCUUUGAGUCGACAAGUUUUAGAGAACAAUGCGUUUUCUCAGAUACGAGGCCAAACACCUAAGGAAUCUGUCAUUUCAAAAGAAGUUUCUAUUUCUCAAUCUGAAAAAAUUGUGGUUACUGAAAAGUCUUCUGAAGAAUCAAGAGUAACUACAGUAGAAUCACAUCUUAAUAUUGUUGAUACAUUGGAAAAUUCUGAGAAAACGCCUGAUAUUAAAAAAUCUCAUACUUCUAGCAGUUUUGUUUCAAAAACACAAUGUUUAGAAAAAACUUUUGAUACCGAUACCUCCAUAGAUACUGAUGUGAGCUACAAAUAUGAUGAACAAGAAAGCUCUAGUAUGAAAUUAUCAGAUUCUUUACAAGAAUAUAUAGAUUUUCUCAUGGCUAGUGGUAAAAAAAAUCGAGAAAAAGAACAGAAGAAUGAACUAUCCAAGGUUCAACUAGAUUUUGCCAGAGAGGAAGAAAAGGACAAAGAAGAAGCGGUAGAUUACGAGGAAGUACUUUCAGAUGCUGAAUCAGAAGAUGAUAAAGCUGUAGAAGUCCAUGAGUUGUCAUCAGAAAUUGAAGAACUUGCAGGGGAUAAAGAAGAAAUAGUAGAUGUUGACGUAAAUGAACAUAUUGAUACAAAUGAAAAAUAUGUUAAAGGAAGCCCCAACGAAAUAAUAAUCAAAGAUCAAUUUUUAACUGAGCUCACUCCCGUCCCAAUGCAAGAACUGCCGCCAAAUUUGGAAGGUGGUGAUACCUCAUCUAAGCAUUUUUCUCUUGUCAUCGAGGACAGUAGUUCAAAUGAUGAAGAAAAUUAUAUUAAUGAAUUCGAUAAAUGGGAAAAUAAUAUUUUUGGAGUAACAGACGAUGAAACUACUUUCCAAAAAUCCAAGAGAAGUUCGAUGCUCUCAGGUACUCCGAACGAAAGUUAUUGUUUACCAGAUGCGGAAAUGGCCUUUUUAGAAGAUCCUUUAGAACCGAUUGUAACUAAAUCAGACAGCGUUAUUUUAAUUUCAAGUAGCGAUGACGAAGGUAGUUCUAAACAUUCUAUUACAUCCAAUCAUUCGGCCUACAGCAAAACAACCGAAGAAUACAUUGAGCGUACAGACAGCACUGACGCUUCUAACAGUACAAAAGAAUUUGAAGAAGAAAAUGCGGAGGUACAAUUUCAAUACGAAGAACAAAGUGAAAGAGGUGACUCUGAAAGUGAUAAUAAUUCUGAUAAUAAUAGAUGUAUUGGAGAAGAAGACAAGCGGACGGAAAAUGAGUUGAUUCAAGAUAAGAUUGUUCUAGAACUAAAAGAAGAAGACAGGCACCAUGAAAUACACAUGAAAAAAGCUCUGGAAGAUAGAUUUAUAGCCAAUCAAUAUCUUGAAGAUAAUAGUGCACCUGAUAAAAAAAAUGAAAAUAAUACUACAAAAUCAGAUUCGAUAACGUUAUCUGAUAAUAAUAUUUCUAAUAAAAAAGAGUCGCCUAAAGCAAAAGAAUUUGAAGAUGAAAAUAAAGAGGCUGAAGAAGUGAAUCCUUUAGAAUUCAUUGCGAAGAUAGAUGACCAACUAUUUGAAAAAAUGGAAGUUCGAAAUGUUCCAAUAACAAACAAACAAGAAAAUAGUAUCCAACAGACGAAUAAAGUAGAUCAAUCAACCAAUACAACUAUUAAAAUUAAAGAAAAGCGUACUAAACACUUGAAACAACAGGAAAAACUUGAUAGCUCAACUAAUACUGGUGUUGUGAAGAAAUCCAAAAAUCAUGAUAUAAUAAAAUAUAAAUACAAUGAAAUAAAUGCUACAAUGAAAGAUAACAGUACAGAAUCCCAGAAGGAACAAGACACUGAAAAGGAAGUUGAACAUGUAGAAAAUGUAGGGAGACCAUUGACUAGAAGAUAUUCUCUAAGCAGAAAAGAGAAAGGAGAACAAACGACAUCUUCAUCAGAUACUACUGAAGGCGAGACUUCCAAAAAUGAAACAGUGGUAGUUCAAGUACAUACAUCAAACACCAAAUCAGAGAAAAUAUCCGCUAAACGGACGAGAAGGAAAAGCAGUACUCCUGUUUCUGUAUAUUCAGGUCUUGAUACUCAAAAUGUAGUGUCCAAGGCAGAGCCCAAUGAAAAAUCUGUUGUUACUGUUGAGGGAGAUGAUGACCUCUUUUCGAAUGAUAUUAAAACUGAUAGUAAUUUAGAACAAAAGUCUCCAGUGUUAGCUAGGAGGACUCGUAGAGCACUUUCCACAUCAGAUGUCCCCAGAACAACUAAUCUCGACAACGUCAGUAUAGAUUGCGAUUUUACUAGCUCACCGAAAAUAAUAGACGAUGCCGCUAUGGUCAAACUCACUUUAAGGAAAAAAAGAAGUGCAAGCACGGACACUGUUAAAACGUUCUCGAGGUUGAGGACUAUGAAGAGAAAUAAAUCGACCGACGAAGUUGAAGAUAACGUAGUCGAAAGAAAAGCAAAAUCAGAAAUCCAAAUGCCUGUAAUUCCGGAGGAAACAACAGAGAAGGCAAAAGCAGGGAACAAAGCUGCAAGUGUUAUUGAUAAUUAUGCUACAGCAAGGAGAUUAACCAGGCGACAAGCAAAUUUAAUAAAAGAUGUGACAAUUUCCGCAGACACAGAGAGUUUAGAUGAAAUAUCGAAAAAACGAAUUGAUCUGGAACCUAUUGAUCCUAUCAAUUUAUUAGAUAAAGAAAUUUUUGAAGGAAAAUCUGAUCCCGACGAAAAUCGUGUGUACGAACCCUCCUCUCCUUCCGCUAGUACAGCCACUUCAGUCCAAAAAACUAGAAGAAGUAGAUCAAAUUCCGUUAUAUCUGAUGUUUCUGUAUCUCCUUCAACGCCUAAGAGGAGUGGAAGGGGUACUAGAAGUCAAACGAAAAGUCCUGCUGCCUCAGGUGUUUCAACAAGAUCUAGAAAGCAUUCCGAAUCGGGAUCGAUAGCAUCGGAAAAUUCUGAAUCAAGUCCGUCAAAAAAAACUAGGAAAGGAAAGAUGGAUGCAGACAAUGAUAGUGUGGCUAAAAGUACGCGUAGUAGAACUGCUUCAGUUUCAUCUUUGAAAUCUGAGGGAUCAACUUCUAGAAAAAUUGCCAGACCAAGGAGAUUAGUAUCCACUAAAUCCGACUUACCUGAAAUUAUAGAAGAGAAAGUUUCAGAAAACGUUGACAGCGCACUAACUCCAAGGAAAAAAAAUAAACCCGAUGAAAAACGUCGCGUUAAAAGUAAGACUUAGUCUAUAAAACAUCAAAAUGGUGUACCUUGUGGGUGUAAUAAAGAAUAUUUUGUUAAUAAUGAUUUUUUGUAUCAGGAAAUUUAUGAAAUCUAACUCAAGCUUAUAAUUAAGGACUUUACAUUUUUGUUAUUUCUAAUUUGUUGCUUAAAGUUCCGUAACAUUUAUCUAAUUACUACCAUGUAUUGUUAAAUACACAAGAAUUUAGUUUUUAUAAGAUAAUAAACUGUUAACUUCAUCAGUCAAAAAAUUUUUUACAGUAUAGUUUCUAAAGCUUGCAUUUGUAAAAAACCGAGUCUGUAAUCAAGAAUUAUGUCUUAUAAUAUGAACAAGAAUAUGAUAAUACUGAAAAUAGAUAAUUUUUAGUAGAAUAGAUAAAGUUGUUAAAUUUUUAGCUUUAUUAAUCUCUCUAUUAAUUUUGUAAAUACCAAAUUACUUCCAUAUGAAUGUAUUUCUAGAAUAAAAGUUAUUUGUGAACUAAUUUA